UUAGAGCCUGUGGAGCUGCUGACACGAACAGUCAUUAGCAGAUGGACCUACUGUAACAACUAUGCUUUAAAAUGUAAACUGUGGGGCGUUUUCCCCAUCUAGAACCAACUUUCUCCUGUGUGAGUCUGGAUUAAUCAUGAGAGAGCUCGUCCACAUUCCACUGGUACAGAUUCUCACUCUGGUUGCCUUCAGUGGGACUGAGAAACUUCCAAAAGCACCAGUUAUUACCACCCCUCUGGAAACAGUGGAUGCCUUAGUUGAAGAAGUGGCUACUUUCAUGUGUGCAGUGGAAUCCUAUCCCCAGCCUGAAAUUUCUUGGACCAGAAAUAAAAUCCUCAUUAAGCUCUUUGAUACCCGGUACAGCAUUCGGGAGAACGGGCAGCUCCUCACCAUCCUGAGUGUAGAAGACAGCGAUGACGGCAUUUACUGCUGCAUAGCCAACAAUGGCGUGGGAGGAGCUGCAGAGAGUUGUGGAGCCCUGCAAGUGAAGAUGAAACCUAAAAUAACUCGUCCUCCUAUAAAUUUAAAGAUCAUAGAAGGAUUAAAGGCAGUUCUACCAUGUACAACCAUGGGCAACCCCAAACCAGCAGUAUCCUGGAUUAAGGGAGACAGCACUCUCAGGGAGAAUUCCCGCAUUGCAAUCCUUGAAUCUGGGAGUUUAAGGAUUCACAAUGUGCAAAAAGAAGACGCAGGACAGUAUCGGUGUGUGGCAAAGAACAGCCUGGGGACAGCCUAUUCCAAAUUGGUGAAGCUGGAAAUUGAGGAAGAAAGUGAACCUGAGCAGGAUACUAAAGUUUUUGCCAGAAUCCUGCGGGCUCCUGAAUCCCACAAUGUCACCUUUGGUUCCUUUGUGACCUUACGCUGUACAGCAACAGGCAUCCCUGUUCCAACCAUCAGCUGGAUUGAAAAUGGAAAUGCUGUUUCUUCUGGGUCCAUUCAAGAGAGUGUGAAAGAUCGAGUGAUUGACUCAAGACUGCAGCUGUUUAUCACCAAGCCAGGACUCUAUACGUGCAUAGCUACCAAUAAACAUGGAGAGAAAUUCAGCACUGCAAAGGCGGCAGCCACCAUUAGUAUAGCAGAAUGGAGUAAACCACAGAAAGAUAACAAAGGCUACUGUACCCAGUACAGAGGGGAGGUGUGCGACACAGUCCUGGCAAAAGAUGCUUUUGUGUUUUUCAACACCUCCUACGCGGACCCAGAGGAAGUCCAAGAGCUACUGGUCCACACUGCCUGGAAUGAACUGAAGGCAGUGAGCCCGUUCUGCCGGCCAGCUGCUGAGGCUUUGCUGUGCAACCAUGUCUUCCAAGAGUGCAUCCCUGGAGUGGUCCCUACUCCCAGCCCCAUUUGCAGGGAAUACUGCUUAGCAGUAAAGGAGCUCUUCUGUGCAAAAGAAUGGCUUUUGAUGGAAGAAAAGAGCCACCGAGGACCCCCUGGAUCUGGGACACACCUCCUCUCCAUGCUAGACUGCAGUAAGCUUCCCAGCAUGCACUGGGAUCCCAUGGCGUGCACCAGGCUGCCAUAUUUAGAUUAUAAAAAAGAAAACCUAACAACAUUCCCACCAAUGACAUCAUCAAAGCCAAGUGUGGACAUUCCAAACCUGCCUUCUUCCUCCUCUUCCUCCUUCCCUGUCUCUCCUACUUACUCCAUGACUAUAAUCAUCGCCAUCAUGUCCAGCUUUGCCGGGUUUGUUCUUCUCAUCAUAAGCACUCUAUAUUGUUGCCGACGAAGGAAAGAAUGGAAAAACAAGAAGAGAGAAUCAGCUGCAGUCACCCUCACAACACUGCCUUCUGAGCUCUUGCUAGAUAGGCUCCAUCCUAAUCCCAUGUACCAGAGGAUGCCCCUUCUGCUGAAUCCCAAGUUGCUCAGUUUGGAGUAUCCAAGAAAUAACAUUGAAUAUGUGAGAGAUAUUGGUGAGGGAGCAUUUGGAAGAGUCUUUCAAGCAAGGGCCCCUGGCUUGCUUCCUUAUGAACCUUUCACCAUGGUGGCAGUAAAGAUGCUCAAGGAGGAAGCCUCUGCUGAUAUGCAAGCCGACUUUCAGAGGGAGGCAGCCCUCAUGGCGGAAUUUGACAACCCCAACAUUGUGAAACUCUUAGGCGUGUGUGCUGUUGGGAAACCCAUGUGUCUGCUCUUUGAAUACAUGGCCUAUGGUGACCUCAAUGAGUUCCUCCGCAGUAUGUCCCCUCACACCGUGUGCAGCCUCAGUCACAGCGACUUGUCCAUGAGGGCUCGGGUCUCCAGCCCAGGACCUCCACCUCUGUCCUGUGCAGAGCAACUCUGCAUUGCCAGACAGGUGGCAGCUGGCAUGGCUUAUCUCUCUGAGCGCAAGUUUGUCCACCGAGAUUUAGCCACCAGGAACUGCCUAGUAGGGGAGAACAUGGUGGUAAAAAUUGCAGACUUUGGCCUCUCCAGAAACAUCUACUCAGCAGACUACUACAAAGCUAAUGAAAAUGAUGCCAUCCCUAUCCGGUGGAUGCCACCAGAGUCUAUUUUCUACAACCGCUACACCACAGAGUCUGAUGUGUGGGCCUAUGGGGUGGUCCUCUGGGAGAUCUUCUCUUAUGGUCUGCAGCCCUACUACGGGAUGGCUCACGAGGAGGUCAUAUACUAUGUGCGAGAUGGCAACAUCCUCUCCUGCCCUGAGAACUGCCCCCUGGAGCUGUACAAUCUAAUGCGCCUGUGUUGGAGCAAGCUACCUGCAGAUAGGCCCAGUUUCCCCAGCAUCCACCGAAUUCUGGAACGCAUGUGCGAGAGGGCAGAGGGAGCUGUGGGUGUCUAAGGUUGAAGAUAGAAGCUCAAAAAAAAAAAUACUACAGUCUGCUCUCAGACUCCUUGAGCCAGAGAAAUCCUAUACCCCAGGCUCCAAUAGGAAAGAAUGACAGGAGAAACCAGGGGACUAUAUUUGUUUGCCAUGUGAUCAUCAGACUCAGUGCAAGCGGUGACUGGACAUGUAGGUUAGAAAAUGUGUCAGACCAAAACGAUAACCCUCCUUCAUCCCAGGGAACGUCUGCAACACACACUCCACAAGAACGUAUGUCAUUCUGUUCAGUUCCUGGAUUAGCCGGCAGCAGAAUAAUAGUAGGUUGUGUUAAAUUUUAUUAAGAACUGAAUUCAAAGCUUAAUCCCUGUCCACUGUGUAAGUAGCAUGUGCUCACACUAGAAAUUCAGAUCAAGUAUAGACAACUAAAAAGCGAAAUCAAAGAUUCCU